CCGCUUCCGGCCGGCCGGGGCGCUGCGCGGAAGCUCGGCCGCAGCUCGGGCCGCUCCCGCUCCGCGUCCAUCCGUCGGGGUCGCGCGACUGCGCCUUCCCGCGUCAGCUCCCGCCGCAGCCCGGCCCGGGGCUGACGCAGCGCCGAGUCGGCAGCCCGUGCACAAAGAGUGGCGGUGGGAGUCGGAGUCAUGGCAACGACCCCCGGCAGCCCCCCGUCGCCGCCGCCUUCGCCGCCGCCCCGGGCCCCGGAAGGCGCCGCCGGGCCCGGCCCACGCCCGGAACGGGACCCUGAGGGCGCGCCGGCCGCCCCCGAGCCGCCCAGCCCCAGCGCCGCGCCGCCCGAAGCCGUCCCGACGCCUCCCGCCGCGGCCGCAGCCGCAGCCGUCGGGGCCGCGCCGAGCCCCCAGCCGAGCCCGCAGAGGCCGCAGAGCCCCGCCGCCUCCCGCCUCGGGCCCGAGACGUUCCGCCAGCGCUUCCGCCAGUUCCGCUACCAGGACGCGGCGGGGCCGCGGGAGGCGUUCCGGCAGCUGCGGGAGCUCUCCCGCCAGUGGCUGCGGCCCGACAUCCGCACCAAGGAGCAGAUCGUGGAGAUGCUGGUGCAGGAGCAGCUGCUCGCCAUCCUGCCCGAGGCGGCGCGGGCCCGGCGGCCGCGUCGCCGCACCGACGUGCGCAUCACCGGCUGAGCGGCGGGGCCGGCGAGCUGCAGCCUCCGGCGCGGGGGUCGCGCCGCGGGGACCGGGGGACGCUGAGUUGGGGGCACCUCCCGCGCGGCGCCGUGCCCCUGCCGCAGACCCGUGACUGUCCUCGCCCCACUUAUUGCCCGAGCCCGUUUCUAGUUGCGCUUUCCGGCCCGAUGGCGAAACGGUUCGGAGUGGAUGAGAAUUAAACAAACAAACCUGU